AUGGAAAAUUUGGAUUAUUCACAAAUGAGAUGCAUUCGAGGAGAUUACUUGAAGGUAUACUCGGAAGGUGGGGUCCAUGGACCAGGACCGCCUGGUGUGAACGAAUACUCUGCAUGGUCAAGGGUCCUAUGUGGCAGCAGAGCUGAUGCCCCACCUGCACUCUACUCACAUGGACCACUACUAGUCCUAGAACUCCACACAGGAAUCAAAGCCACCAAUGCCACUGGCUUUGUUGGAAAUUACAGGUUCAUUGAUAGAAGAAAUUUCGAGACAGACGGUGUACAAGUGGCCGAGACGUGGUGUGAUUAUGUCUUCCACUCUCAGCCAAACAGACCCGCUCAUGGACGCCUGUAUAGCCCGAGAUAUCCUUCGAGUUAUCCUAGUAACGUGAGGUGUACUUAUCACUUCAGUGCAAGGCACAACGAGAGAAUCAAGUUAGUUUUCGAAGAAUCGUUUUUGCAGAAAGGCGACGAGAGUUGCCUCAAUCGUGCCGACAUAAUAAAAGUGUUCGAUGGACGGACUUCGACGGCGCCAGUCCUGGCAAUGCUUUGUAACGAAGCCGUAGGAUACGAGAUUUUGUCUACGGGACCAGAUUUAUUAGUGCAAUUCACUGCUAAUUCCGAUCUCCCCGGACAAGGAUUCAAAGCACGAUACCAGUUCCAAAUGGAAGACGACUCAAAUGCAGAUGGGGAUAUUAAUAAGAAAUCAAGUACAACGGAGGCAAUAUCCGGCUUAGGGCCGGCUGUGAGCGCCGCGACUUCGUCCUGCCAUCAAGUAUUCAGCAGUGAUAAAAGCAAGACCGGUAAAUUGACUUCGCCCCUCUACCCAGCUCCUUAUCCACAGAAAACGCAAUGUCAUUAUGACUUCUUAGCUCGAGGGAGGGAAAGAGUACGACUAGUAUUCGAAGACUUCAGUUUGCAGCGAAUAACAGAUAAUAUUAUAGACUGUGAGAGUAUGGAUUCUCUCGACGUAUUUUUGUAUGUAGAUGGCCGUCUAGAAAAGAUGGCAUCAUUCUGUGGCAACGAAAUACCGAAGCCAAUAAUGUCGAAUGGACCUAAGUUAUCUAUUGAGUUCCGUGGGAUAUACUCGUCGAGACAUAGCAAGGGGUUCAAGAUAUCAUACUCCUUUGUUGAAGAUUACGGGAUCGCAACGGGGAGCCAACUUUUAGAAUUUCCAUGUGCCUUCGUAUUUAAUAGCAGUGAGAGGGGGAGGGGUGUGGUGACUUCACCAAACCACCCUGGCCUCUAUCCAAGGGACACAGAAUGCAAUUACUUCUUCUACGGCAACGAAAACGAAAGAGUACAUUUACAUUUCACUUAUUUUGACGUCGAAGGUGUGGUCCCGUGUGAGGCCGUAUCAGCGAGUGACUACGUCCAGUUUUACAGUCAGAUGAUACAAUCCCAGAGCCAUAGACAUUGUGGACAGAUAAAAGAGCUUCAAGUAACGUCAGAGAAGAAUUUUCUCAGGAUUACCUUCAAGUCUAACGACAGACUUGAUGCAACUGGAUUCAAAGCAAACUACUUAUUUCUAAGAGACUCUGAAAUGCAUAGUAUAACUAUGCCUAAUUCUAUAGAUAAAGAGGUGACGGACGUGCAGAGCAUGACACUCGCCACGCUCGUCACUGGCCAACAUCGAGAAGGGUCAAAAACAGCAUUAGUGCCCACGUCACGUAGAUUCAGAGAUCCAAAUUUAACUUUAGGAUUUUAA